AUGCACACUGAUUCGCUAAAGCCCUUGGUAUACGGUAGAGGUUUGGCAGCUGGUCUGAUCGGUGUAUUCAACGAAUUCGAAAUUGAUCUCCGUCCUUGCCAGCUCUGGCCGCUUGCCUCUGUCCGCCCCGAAACCAGCGGCGACUGCCUCGGCCUAAGCGUCAGUAUGACGGGUCCUCGUGGCGUCCGGGUACCAAUUCUCAGUCGACUGGCCUUCUGGCCGAAAUCUGACAGGACGAAGCUCAAGCAGACAGGACCACAGGAAGCGCCAGCUGAUGUUGGCAGUGUCGGCGGCGAGUCGAAAGUGGUGAUACGCAGGAACCCCUCUGCCUCAAGGGAAUCGACAAAGGCAGUCGCCACCUUUGAGGCCGUGGACAUGAUCCAACUUGGGGUUGGAAGUCCAGACAGAGUAUUUUGCACCUACUUCCCCCAGGAACAGGGUAGGUUCCUGUUCUUCUCAGUCUAA